AUGACGCCAUUGGCAAGGACCCGCCAUGCAGGUGACCUGCGGACUCCGGAGCAGUGGAACGCGCGGGGGCGCGGCGCGGGUUGCUAUAAAGUCGCCGCGGGCCGUGGCUGCGCUGCGGCGAGUGCACCGAGCGACGCAGGGGCAAUGACAGAAACGCACGCUACCUGCAGCGGAGUUUCGAGCAGGGGCGCGUCGGACAACGCGGACAAGUGCGACGCACGCGCGUCGGACACAGAAAACGCUCUGGCGCAGUGGCCGGAGGACGAGGUAGCCGCCAUGGGGCGGGCGUUCGCGGCGAAGUACGGGCUGCCCAACGACGAGGACAUUUUCGGGCGGGCCGCGGCGCUGGCGCGCGCGCCGCGGCGGUUCGGCACGAUCGGGCUGCUGACGGAGGCGGACCGUGCGGCGUGCGCGGAGGAGGUGGAGCACCCCUGGCGGAUCCCGCGCAAGCUGGUGCACGUGGUGGCAGCGUCGGCGAUGAGCGCGGCGGUGCAGGGCAUGGACGAGACGGUGAUCAACGGCGCCAACCUGUUCUACCCAAAGGCGCUGGGGCUGGGCGGCGGGACGGUGCGCGAGGACUGGCUGAUCGGGCUGGUCAACGGCGCGCCGUACCUGUGCUGCGCGGUUGCGGCGUGCUGGUUGACAGACUGGGCCAACAACGUGCUGGGGCGCAAGCGGGUGAUCUUCGUGACGUGCUUUCUGUCCGGGCUAUUCUGUCUGCUGCAAGGGGUGGGACCUGCGGGGCCCGCGGGCUGGCGGUACCUGUUCGCGAUGCGCUUCCUUCUGGGGUUCGGGCUGGGCAUCAAGUCCGCGACGGUGAACGUGUACCUGGCGGAGUGCGCGCCCAAGGAGCUGCGGGGGAUUGUGUGCAUGAAUUGGCAGGCGUUUACGGCGUUCGGCGUGAUGUGGGGGUACGUGGCGUCGCUGGUGUUCUACCGCGUGGGCGACGCGGGGAUCGGCGGGGGACUCAACUGGCGGCUAAUGCUGGCGAGCGCGGCGCUACCGGCGGUGUUUGUGCUGUUCCAACUGCCGCACUGCCCGGAGUCGCCGCGGUGGCUGAUGGGCAAGGGGCGCUACCCGGAGGCGUACGCUGCGCUGCUGCAGCUGCGCAAGCACCGGUUGCUGGCGUGCCGGGACCUCUUCUAUCAGCACGUGCUGCUGGUACAGGAGAGCACGUUGCAGCUGAGCUACUUCACGCGCCUCAAGGAGAUAUUCACAGUCCGGCGUAACCGGAACGCCUUUGUCGCGGCGUUCAUCUGCGCGUUCAUGCAGCAGUUCUGCGCGAUCAACGUCAUUGCAUACUACUCGUCGGUGAUUUUCCUGCAGGCAGGCUUCAGCGAGAUCGCGUCACUAUGCUCGUCGCUAGGGUUCGGCAUCAUCAACACGGUGUUUGCGAUCCCGGCGUACUUCAUGAUUGAUCGCUUCGGGCGGCGGUUUCUGCUCCUCAGCACGCUGCCGUGGCUGGGCGUGUUCCUCCUGGUGACGGGCUUUGCCUUCUGGAUCAAGGACACGAAGGCCUCAAUCGGCGUCAUUUCCUUCGGCAUCUAUAUCUUCUCCGCAAUCUACUCAUUUGGCAUGGGCGUCGUGCCCUUUGUCUACGCAGGCGAGGUAUUUCCGCUGUAUGUGCGGGCCAUUGGCUCUUCGCUGUUCGCGGUGGUGCUCUGGGGGUUCAACUUCAUCCUGGCGCUGACCUGGCCGAGCAUGCUGCGCGCGAUGAAGCCGCAGGGCGCCUUCGGCUUCUACGCUGCAUGGAACUUCAUUGGCUACUUCCUCGUCUACUUCUUCCUACCGGAGACCAAGCAGCUGACGCUCGAAGAGUUGGACGAGGUAUUUUCUGUCCCGCUAAUGAAACGUGCAGAUUAUUACCUGUCUCAAAUGUGGCCGGACUUCCAGGAAACCGUGUUGAGGAAGAAGAAUGUCAGCCGUCCUCCGCCACUGGAAUACGAGCGCGUGCAGCUUCUGGACAGCGCAGGCUCCACAAGGAAGCCCAGCUUCGACCAUGUGGAACACGUCUGA